ACUUGUUGUCAAACCCGGCCACUUCACUAUCUUCAUAAAUACACAAGCUCAUGUCCUUAAAUCUUUAGCUAGAACUCCCUGCCUCCAAAGUCUGAUAACCAAUUCCAUCCCUCUUGAAAACACUCUUUUCCAUGGAUUUCUAUGGCAGGAAAUCUCUCUUUAGCUUCAUAACUGAAGAGAGAAAUGCACCGCAAGAACUGAAUGACCAAGAGCUUCAAUUUAGCCCUCCAAGGCCUAUCAAGAAUGCGCCUAUUCAAUUUAAUGGAAGGGUGAAUGCACCUAUUCAAACUUCAACUAGCAUGGCGGCCUAUCAAGAAAUGAAUGACCAGGAGCUUCAGUUUAGCCCUCCAAGGCCUUCUACCACUCAUUCCAGCAAGCUUACCCUAUUGCCACCAUCUAGCCCAGAAUCACCAUGGACACUCUCUCCUCAUCAUACCCCAUCACCUUCUCUUCUCUACCAUUGCAUAGCCUCGCUUCAUCGACAUGAAGGUAAUAUAUAUUCUAUUGCUGUCUCAAAAGGAAUAGUCUUCACCGGCUCUGAAAGCAACCGUAUUCGUGCAUGGAAGCAGCCGGAUUGCAUGGAAAGAGGUUAUCUCAAGGCGAGUUCUGGUGAGAUAAGAGCCAUUUUAGCUUAUGGUAAUAUUCUUUUCUCUGCACAUAAAGACCUUAAAAUUCGAAUUUGGAACUUCGCAGUUUCAGAUAAUUUUAGAGCCAAAAAGGUCCUUACAUUACCUAAAAGAAGCUCAUUUCUUAUGUUUCCCAGACCUAACACACAACAACACAAGGACUGUGUUUCUUGCAUGGCUUAUUAUCAUGCAGAAGGACUUUUAUACACUGGAUCAUAUGACAAAACAGUUAAAGUUUGGAGGGUUUCUGACAAAAAAAGUGUAGAUUCCUUUGUGGCUCAUGAAGAUAGUGUCAACGCUUUAUUGGUGAACCAGGAUGAUGGGUGUGUUUUCACUUGCUCUGUUGACGGGUCAGUUAAAAUAUGGAGGAGAGUAUAUAGAGAGAAUUCUCAUACUCUAACCAUGACACUGAAGUUCCAACAAUCACCUGUCAAUGCCUUGGCCUUCAGCUCAUCUUUCAACAAUUGCUUUCUUUACUCAGGGUCAUCGGAUGGUACCAUAAAUUUUUGGGAGAAGGAGAAAUUUUCUGGUAGGUUUAACCAUGGUGGAUUCUUACAAGGCCAUCGUUUCGCAGUUCUUUGCCUAGUAGCUAUAGAGAAGCUGCUAUUUAGUGGCUCAGAGGAUACAACCAUUAGGGUUUGGAGGAGAGAAGAAGGAAGUUAUUUUCAUGAAUGUCUAGCUGUAUUAGAUGGGCAUAGAGGACCAGUGAGGUGCCUGGCUGCUUGUUUGGAGAUGGAAAAAGUUGUGAUGGGGUUUCUGGUAUACAGUGCAAGCUUGGACCAAACUUUCAAGGUAUGGAGGGUUAAGGUUUUGCCUGAAGAGAAAAGGUACUUGGAUUAUAGAGAAGUCAGUGAUUCAAGGUCAAAGGUAGUGGAAUAUGAGAUGAGUCCUGUUCUGUCUCCUUCAUGGGUAAAGAAGAAACUUAAAGGAGACUAUUUUCAAUAGAUCAUGAUCAUCAUCAAAUUGAAGACUGAAAAUUACGUUUCAAUGUAGAAUCUGUAUACCUUACUGCAGGUGGAAGUAUAUAUCGUUUUCUGAAUAUAGUAUUAUAUAU